CAACGAGAAAGGUAAACAAUGACAAUUUGCCCAAUUCCCCUUGAUAAUUCAUCAAAUUCUACACUUUCUGCAGCCAUAAUACUUACUUUAAAUAUCUAGGUAGUACAUAAAGGUGUUAAACUACUUUUAAGAAUGCAUCAUUUGGUUGAUCAUUUUGAUUUUCAUUCCUAUCUCACGCUCCCAAAAGAAAGCCUGGCGGCGGGUCGGUUCACUACCGUUUGCCAUCACCCUUCAGAAUGUCCUUGGGCAAGACCCUUUACCUCUCAGACAGGAGAUGUUACCUUUUGGCCAGAGUGGGGCCUUGGUAAUCCACCUACCUGGUAAGAUGAUUUGGAGCCUGGCCCAGUGUGCGAAGACGAGGCAAUUCAAUUGAGGCGUUAGGUUAGUAGACAUGCAAGGUAGGAAUUCCCCCCUCCUAGGCCUACCUGUCCUUGAUCAGUCAGAGUGUAGAGUGGGGUCUUGGCUAAGCCAAUUUACCUCAUAAGCAGAUGAGAGAAGGGGGUCUUUGGCUGAGAUGCUUUGGUGAAAACUUUGGGAUAGGUGUGAGGCCUUGGGCGGGUCCCGAUUCAGAUAUUGGACCUAGGGCAAAUCCUUUACCUUUGAAGGUGAUCAUGUGCCAUGUGGAUCAGAAUCCAAUUACAAUUUACAUGCCAUGUACUUUUCAGUUUCCUGAACAGUCAUUCAUAGACAUGGGUAAAGGCAAAGGGAGAGGUGAGCGACGCCGGGGAGGGAGACGGCGCCGGCGUGCACACAGACGUGUUGUACACCGGCAUCAUGUUCAUAGGCGUCAUCGUCGUCAUCAUGGAGGAUCGGUUUUCGUUUCUGGAGGUCAACCAGUGAAGUGUGAUCCGUGUGCGUUCAUCAUUACCUUGGUGUCUCUCUUUGCAAUGGGAGUCGGUGGAUUGAUGAUUGGUCUCGGAGCUCCAGCAAACAUUCCGCUUCUGAUUCCUGGAGUGAUUGGCCUCAUUGGAGGCUUCAUUGCCUUCUUGGUUCUGUGCAAGCACCGCAAAGGUCAGUCUUGCUUUGUACAGUCGCAGGGCAGCAAUGCAGCCAGCAAUCCACAGGGAAAUGAGGCAGCUGGCUCUGUUCAAGCUAUCACCGUUGUCUCAGUUGGGGGACAAGAACAAGAGACCAUCAUGCUGAAUGGGGAGGACAGCACUGGGGCAACUGCCAACAACUGGGCACCCCCUGCCUAUCCUGGAGUGCCUGCAUCCCCAUAUCCAAACUAUGGUGCCUCCUCAUAUUCAGCUGGUGUCAAUGGAAGCUCUAAUGGGAUCAACCAACUGCCAUCAUAUGGCAUGUUUACCCCUGUGGUAGGGCCCACAUGUCCACCCCCAGGGCACCUUUACCCCCAGGGUUCAACACAAUCUCAACAGCCUCCAUAUCCGUCAACUGACGGCCAGACCUUUCCUCCCACUGCUCCACCACCAGCAGGACUGAAUGGAGAGACCGCCCCGCCAUCCUAUGAGGAUGUCAUGCGCAGCACUGGGGGAUACACUUCAGUGGAGAGUAGACAGACAAAUCAAGCUCCUGUGCCAGACACUGUUUUGGAUGUCGAUUGAAUUGAAGAUGUUUUUAUUAAAUUGAUUCAUCAGGGACCUAAACUGGAUUUUUGGCUUUGGACUCGAGGCAGAAUGUGUCAGUUUCUUCAUCUCUGGAGCUCAAUAGGAAAGCCAACCACCCAAUACCAAUCAUAGCAUAGUUUAAUCUGUGCUACGCUUGGAAAUGAAGUAUUACAAGGGAUUUUUGAAGGCAUCAGGAGCUGUCUGUUUCUGAUGACCACAUCGCAAGUCAAUCAAACUUUUUGAGAUACUAGUCACUCGUUGUUCAACUGGGCAGUAAAAUGCCUUUUAGAGUUGUUAAUGUGAAGUCGAGUGGGUUUUGAGGUAUAUUUAACUGGACAAUCAGACUCUUUUUGGAUACACAAUUCGCAAGUGUGGAGAGGACUGACCAGUAAACGAUAUGAUUCAUUGUGGAGAAUUAGGAGUCAUGUGUGUUUGAACAUUGUAUAAAAGAUGACUAAGUAUCCGGUGAUUGGCUCAUUUUUACUUUUAGAAUUCUGAAAACCUCAACAUGAAUCUAAUUUUUGAAUGUUCUUUUAAUUGAUCAGUGCAAUGCUUUUGUUACUCUUUUCAAACAUGAUCCAGGGAACAAGACUUGUGAUAAUCAUGUGUUAAGAUAUAUUUUAAACUCAUGGUGCUGAUUCUCUGGGGUGAUGUACAUGUAUAGAUGCUUUGAUACAAGAACAUUGUAAAUAUAAUUGGACAGGGUGUCACAAAGAAGGCCACACAAGUAUGAAUCUGGGAAAUCUUGCACUUUUGCACAUUGAUUUCUUUCACGCGCCAUCUUGAGGCGUAUGUCUGCAUGGUUUGUAGGUAUUUUGACAGUGUUAACAGUCAUGUCCGUCCAAAAUUAGUGGACAAUCAUCCAGACAGCUGACUUCAAAAUAACAACAAUAUGCCUGUUGUGUUGUAGCAGUCAAUUUUGUCUCUGAGUAGACCUCCACCAGUUUGCCGCACUGUUCCAUAGUAAGGGGCAUACUCAUGCAAGAUGUCAUAGCACACAUCAAAACAAAUUCCAAGCAUGUGCUCAAUGACUGAUAGGUGAAACUGUUGUUUUUGCCAUUGUGCCUCUUCCAGAAUCUCCUGCCGCAGUACAAAACAACAAAAACUCUCUGGAUAUUUAUUUUUUAAUGUUUUGUAUUUUCAUGAUGUAUUUUAUGCUGUGAGGUAUUAUAUCGAAUACUAUUUUAUUGAUUACAGUAUUUUAUUGUACUACAAGAGUACAGACAGUAUGGCAUACAUAGACAACACAAGUACAUACAAAUUCACAAAAAAGUCAAUAAAGAAAUCAUAUUUUCUUAAA